AUGGGGAAUAACCAGUCAACUUGGGACGAUCAGCUACCGAUUGGGUACGGCCAGCUACGUCGGAAGCCGUCUGUGCGUGAGUCCAUAGGAACCAACACUGGAGGUGACACCGUGAUUCGGGAGAUAGUUGCAAAACCUGGUACGAUAGAACCACGCCCGACAAUGCUGCAGCAUAUGCACGCAGGUCGGAAAUCGAUUGGGAUAAAUACAGAGAGAUCAGUUCUUCGUAACCGUGGAAACCAUACACCUCAAGACGGCGGAGUGGGAAAUACCGUGACACAUUCUGUGAGUCCCCGUGGUGUUUUAAUAGUACAAGACCAAAAACCGGACAAUGUCACGAGUCAGAAACCUACACAGACACAACAUAUAACACGACAUACUGCUAGCAACGAAGAGAACGCCACACACAUCAACCGUGCCACAAAUAAUAUUACGUUACAAAAACAAAGUGACGUUAUCAACACCGAAAACACUCGCACUAAACAUAGUGACGUAAGUCACCACGCGGUGUCACAUACACAAGUGAAAGAGGAUGAGAAGGGACGUGUUCAUCUGGUACAAACAACUGAAACAGUUACAAAUGACAAAGACAUUUGCCGUGCGGAUCAUGCUUUGCAAAGUGAUUCCUCCCCUACUGUGGAACGGGGUCCUGUGACACACAUCACAGAAGAGCCAGUCAACAACAAUUACGUACAAAUGGCAGAAAUUAAAUUCCACGAACAAGUUUGGAAUUCACGAAUCCAAAAGUUGGAAGACGAAAAGUUAAAACUGGAAUUUGAAAACAAAGCACUCCGAACGAUGGUAGACGACUUCUCUUCCGGACACUCACUACCACAACGGAAUUCGACGAAGCUCCGGGAAAGCCGUCGAGAAUUGACAAAGUCUGACCCGACAGAAGUGAUCAGAAGAUAUAGAGAUCUAACGACAGAAUGUGACAAUGCUAAACAACAGCUUGACAGACUGGCACCGAUUGGACGAGGGACGCACGCUGAAGUGUUGUAUCAUAAGUUCAUAUGUGACGUAUUAGUGGUUGCGUUUGAGAGGACAGGCGAGGCAGUGCAGACAUUUGAAGAUAAUUUAACAACAAUGUUAUUAAAUGCGAUCAGACCAACCAAAGACAAAUACACGGAUGCUGGGGCUCUUAAACGCAGAGGGGUGGCUCUUUACUCAUCUGUUAUUGAACCUGAUCCAGAAGUGAAAGCUGCUUUCAAAUCAACUGGUGCAUCAGCUUUAAAUUAUGUUCUAGAAUUGUCAGCUAGAUGUCCUGUAGAUAACAUGAUUAAGGAAAUCAAUGAAGAAUUGAAACAGAAAUGGCCAUCAAUAUUCACCGCUGCAGUUUCUAGCAAUAAAGACAUUAAAAGAUACACUGAGAGAUGUUGUAGACUCGGAAUACAGAUGAUAGCACUUCAACCGCCAUUACAAAUAUUACAUAAUGAUAAGAUCUUCGUCACAGAUCGUCAUGAGCCGAUAGAAGCUACAAGCAUGGCAUCACUGAAGAAAGCGAGUGUAGAUUUCUUUAUAUGGCCAACAUUAGUCGAUAUCAAGGGCAAUGUACUCAUAAAGGGAAAAGUCAAACUACAGUGA